AUGAAUGCAGAUAUAGGGGGUAUUGGUAUCAGGGUCUCGCUUUAUAUCUCGCUGUUAGUGACCAUCCUUUCAUCUUUCGCUGAACACUUCCAUCAGGAGAAGACAGCUGUGAGAGAUAUCGGUACUGCCCAGCUUACAUCAAUGCUGUCAAUAACGUUUGCGCUGCUCAGGUCUUACACGGCACUGAGUUUCUGGCAGGUCAUGGUCGCUGUCAUGUCUCUCGACAUUACCAGUGCGACCGUACAAAUGGCCCUCUCACAGAAAGAUACCCUAUCAUCUCGCUGGUGGGUUGUGCUCAAUACCACCUCUCAAUUACUUGUGCAUGCCUCUAUCGGCGUUGUUUUCGGCAACACCUUCCCUAUCUCUUCUGCUCAGCAAGACCCAUGCUAA